UUCGUUAUAAAAUUUUUUAUUUUUAUAACUUAUUUUUAAACAUUAUAAUAUUUAAAAAAUGCUUAUUUUAAAUGAGAGUGAAUGUAGCAGCCCUGAUUAAACAACUGAAUUAGAUCGAAUUAAACAAAAUUGAAUUUUUAAAUCUAUACAAUUCAGAUAAAUUCUGUUAAUUCGUUACCUACCUUAAAAAAGAAUUCUGUCUGAUUCGGCAGGAAAACCAGAAUUAAUCCAAAUUGAAACGAAUUCAAAAAUGUGAAAUCGGUUUUAUUCUGUUUAAUUCAAAAAUAAUUCUUGAAUUCUUAUAAAUUCUGUCUUACCAAAUUUAAUAGAAUAUAACAGAAUUGAGCAGAAUUAAAAUUUUUAAUUCGGUCGAAUUCAGUCGCUUAAUCAGGGAGACGUUAGACAAUUUACAAAUUUGAAAUAAAUAAAUGAAUUUAAAAAUAAAUGCAUGUACUGAUUUUGCAUUUUUUAUUUUUUACUCUACGUACAUUUUAUUUAUUUAUUCUAGAAUUUAAAAAAUUGACAAUUGUCAGCUAUAUUCACAUUCAUUAUUUUAAAUAAAAUUAUAUGUCGGUAGAAAAAAUAAAUUGGCAGAAUAUUAACAAUGAAAAUGGGUUGGGCCUUAUCAUAUAUAUUUAUAUUGAAUCAUGAAUUUAAUAUUUUUUCCUUUUGUCAAAACAUUUAAAAAUUUUAGAUAAUUUUGUCGCACAACAAAUAGUCAAUUGUCAUGUUAUUGAAAACGAUUUCUAACAUACCGGAAAUAAAAUAAUUAUAAACGCGGGAAUUAUUUUUUAUUUAUCAUUUUAAUUCAAUUUAGAAAUACAUAUAUAUAUAUAUAUAUAUAUAUAUAUAUUUAAUUCUUUUUUUCUCACUCUUUUGAUUCAAUUCAACACUGUACCUUGUCGCACUGUCUUUAGGUUAUGUGAUACUCGAGGUCACCUAAUGAGAUUAAUUUUACGCAAUACACACGAACCGCGAAUGAACGUAAUUGCUUCGACACUGUUGAGGGGCGUAAAAACAAAUAGUUGGUUAAAUAAAAAACAAAAAAAUAAUCUUAGCUUCCUGAACAGAUAAAAGUUUACUUUACGUUAUUAUUCAUUUCUUUUAUCUAUAGUCUUACUAACGUGUUGUAUUAUUGUGUUGGUCUCUCUUGCGCUCUCGUCUCUUUUACAUCCAUAUACAUAAAAUAAAAAUUCGAUCUAUUAUACCACUUGGCUGUUUUUAUUAUCAUAAACUCACUACACUAGCUCUCUACUCUUAUCGCUUUUGUUUCUUUUGAUUUUUUUUUGUUUUUUUAAACUCGGUAUAUAAUUAAAUAUCAACAAUAAAUACGUGGUUAUUAUAUAUUACAAAAUGAAAGGAUCGACGUUUGUUAUUCGUGGUAUAACUAAAUUUCGCGUAUUACCUUGGUGCUCAUACGUUCCAGAGGCCAAGAACAACCAUCAACGCCGGACAACACAAUAUACGGCGCCACGGACUUACUCCUCGGUCGCUAUCAUCGAUGAAAAAUCUCAACACACGCCAACAGCCAAUUCUAAUCGUCCGUUUAUUCGUCCCUCAAUAAUCCGACAGUUAAUAAUGGACCUGGAGAAUUGUAACUCACAUGCAGAUGACGGCUCUUCACACCAUGAAGAUCCUAGUGGAUACAAAAAGUGGUAUCGACAAGCUAGCCAAAGAAUUUUCGUCAAUCGAAGUCUUCACUUGGAGAAUAUUAAAUUCUAUGGAUUUGAUAUGGAUUAUACUUUAGCAGAAUAUAAAUCACCACAAUAUGAACAAUUGGGUUUUGAUUUACUCAAAGAACGUUUAAUUUCAUUGGGUUAUCCACAAGAGAUACGUGCAUUUGAAUAUGAUCCGAGUUUUCCAGUUCGAGGAUUAUGGUUUGAUACACUCUACGGCAACCUUUUGAAAGUUGAUGCUUAUGGAAAUAUUCUUGUCUGUGUUCAUGGUUUCGAGUUUCUCAAACACUCUCAAGUAUACGAAUUAUAUCCAAAUAAAUUUCUUCAACUCGACGAAUCACGUGUCUACGUUUUAAAUACAUUAUUUAAUUUACCAGAAACUUAUUUACUGGCAUGUUUGAUAGACUUUUUUACAAAUUCACCUCAAUUUUCACGUGAAAAAACAGGUGUAAAAGAAGGUGAACUUACAAUGAGUUUUAAGAGUAUUUUUCAAGAUGUAAGAAAUGCUGUUGAUUGGAUUCACAUUCAAGGUGAUCUUAAGUCAAAAACAAUUGAAAAUCUUGAUGAAUACGUUAAAAAAGACGAAAGAUUGCCAAUGUUUUUAACUAGGAUACGUGAAAGUGGGGCUAAAGUUUUUCUUCUGACCAAUAGUGACUAUAAUUUUACCAAUAAAAUUAUGACUUAUCUAUUUGACUUCCCGCAUGGUGCUAGGCCUCAUGAACCGCAUAGAGAUUGGAAAACUUAUUUUGAUACCAUUGUAGUUGACGCAAACAAACCAUUAUUUUUCGGUGAAGGCACUAUUUUACGUCAAGUUAAUACAAAAACAGGCGCGUUAAAGUUGGGAACACAUAAAGGACCACUUCAUACAGGUGAAGUUUAUUCUGGUGGAUCAUGUGAUGUUUUUACUGAGAUGAUUGGAGCUAAAGGAAAAGAUGUUCUUUACAUCGGAGAUCAUAUUUUUGGUGAUAUUUUAAAAAGUAAAAAAAUACGUGGCUGGAGAACUUUUCUUAUUGUUCCUGAAUUAGUUCAAGAGCUACACGUUUGGACAGAUAAAUGUCAAUUAUUCGCUGAAUUACAAAAUCUUGAUGUUAUGCUUGGAGAAAUGUACAAAAAUUUAGACAGUAGUACUAAUGAAAAGCCUGAUAUAUCGAAACUACGAGCUUCUAUUAGAGACGUAACGCAUAAAAUGGAUUUGGCUUAUGGAAUGAUGGGCUCAUUAUUCAGAAGUGGAAGUAGACAAACAUUUUUCAGCAGUCAAGUUGUAAGAUAUGCCGACCUUUAUGCAGCAACUUUUCUUAAUCUUAUUUAUUAUCCAUUUUCAUACAUGUUUCGUGCGCCAGCAAUGCUGAUGCCACAUGAAAGCACUGUAGCUCAUGAGCAACGUUUUGUAAUGGAAACUCCAAUGAUUAGUAGAUCACGAACUUUUAAACUCACUGACGAAGAUGAAGAGCAGAACAAUAUUAUGACUAAAUCAUUAGAAACUGAAAAUAAUGGUGCGAUUCCACAUGCAAGACCAGAAACUCCGCGUAAUGUUACACAUACACAUGAUGAAGAUUGCAGCGAUGAGGAUAGUGACUCACAAAAACAAAAUCCAUCCAGAUCGUCAAAAAAAAUUGAUAGUAAUUAAUACGAAAUUAAAAAAAAAAAAGUUCAUAAUUUUAGGAACCAUCUACGUGUUUGAGCUGUAGAAAUCUCAAACAAAACUUAUGUAGAAGCACAAUCAGAGACUGAGAUAGCUAAAAUCAAGUUUAAGUUAGUUUAAAUAAUCUUAAACAAUUAAUAGUUCAAUCGUUAAGGUUGAUUCGUUGCUAUAAUUUAAAAACAAAAUAAUGCGUUUAAAUAUAUAUCUAUUCAGCUUUUCCGUUAAUUAAAAAUUUCAAUUAAAAUUAAUUGACUAUUUUGACACCAGUUAUUAAACACUUAUUGUAAAUAUCUUGUUGUUAACUAAGAUUAUUUAAAAUACAUCGAACUUUAGUGUUUUUACUAGUAAAAAAAAAAAAAAAAGAGAUUAAAAAGGUGCCUAAUCAUAGCUAUCGUAAUAACAAUCAUUAAACCAUUUUAUUCUAUGUUUAAGAAGCUCACUAUUUCAGUCUAAUCUGUUAAAAAAAUAAAUCUUCCCUACUUUAAAAAUGUUUAAAUUGACGAUAAUGUUAUAAAAAAAAAUUCAGCCAAUGUUAUUCUAUGUUUGUUUACUAAUUCAUGCUCGAAAUUUACUUUUAUUAUAUAAUACAUAUUAUUAUUUUAUGUAAAUAAAUGAAAUUUAAAAACUACAUAAGUGUAUAGAAGAAAUUAAUAAAUUUGUUUGAUUUUUUUUUACUUUAAUUUAAAAUAUUAUAUACGUAUAUAUAAGCCGAACUUUUUUUAUCAAUAUAGAAAAUAAAUUAUUAAAAUUAUUAUUGCUCAAAUUUUAUAAAUAAGCUUGAGCAUUUUUUAGGUUUAUCGAAAUUAUACGUAUUUUUCGAAAU